UUUGCAUCAAUAGUCCAUCAAAUAUCAACUCCAAACUCCCAAUGUUGUCGCCCCUUCGAUCUUAGUAACACAAUUCAACAAAAACCCUAAUCAAAAUUCCAUCUUUUUCACUCAAAUCCCAUCUGGGUAUCUCCGAAUUUUGAAACUUUGUGUUCAAAAUUCAAUCUUUAAGAUUUUCUUUAUUAACCCUAAUCACAGAUUAUCCAAAAAGUAAGCUUUUUCAUCAUUUUGAUUAUUAUAAUCAAUUAUCUUGUUGAUUACUGAUUAGGGUUUAAGUUAUUGUUUAAUAAAGCUUGAAUCUUGAAGCCCUAUAUAUAUUUCUGUAUUUUUUGGGUGAAUUUGUAAUAUUUUUGUAAGGCAAUGUCUGAAGGAUAUGCAAUUGAGCUUUACUUUGAUCCAGCCCUUGAAAACCAAGUUUUGAAGGCAUGGAAUGUUGUAGCUAGGCGCCAAAUUAGUACUCAUCUUAUAGAAAUUGAAUCUAGACCUCAUAUUACUCUGUUUUCGAGCCCGUUUAUUGAUCCCACAAAGCUCGAAAAUAUUGUGAAAGGGUUUGCUUCAAAGCAAGAACCUUUGCCUUUAUCAUUUGGUUCAAUUGGAAGCCUUCCUAAUGAUAAUAAUGUGUUGUUUCUUGCCCCAACACCUACUUUGCCUUUACUUCAGUUUCAUUUUCAAUUGUGUGAUGCAAUGAAAAGAGAAGGGAUCGAGAUUGGUGAAGAGUAUCGGCCGGAUUCGUGGAUACCUUAUUGUCCGGUUGCUGAGGAAGUGCCGAAGAAUAGAAUGGCUGAAGCGUUUACGGUUUUGAGGGACUUGAAGUUACCGGUUAAUGGCUAUGCAAUGGAUAUUGGAUUAGUUGAGUACUCACCGGUUCGUGAGCUCUUCUCUUUUGCUCUUGGUAACUCAGCUGAAUCUUGAGGGGUGAGAUAUUUCAAGAUAUAUGUUACUUUAUGUUAAUGUUUGUGUUUGUGUUCAUUAAUAUUAUUACUCUUUUGAAUUUCAUGUGGUCUUGCAAUGUUGUAAAAAACCUAUUGUAGAAUAGCAUUGGUUAUUUGUUUUCAUAUAAUAUAAUGACCUGCUAUAAGGUUAUGUUUAUGAA